AUGCUGCAGGUCAUCAAAAUUGGCGAGGGCAAUUCUGUUUCAGACUUGCGGGAUGCUUGCUGGGAAGCCCUAACGGCGUGGCAUCCCGACAUUGCAGCCAGCGGGCCUGGCACACUGCGGUUAACUGGCGCCAACCGUCGGCCUCUGUCUGUAUCUUCUUGUAUAGCUGACGUGCUGACCAACGGUGACGAUGUGUUCUUCGAAGUUAGCGCAUCGGCUGUCCAGGCUGCUAGAUCGUCGGCCACACCGUCGUCACGGCAGUCCAACUCAGGAACUAGCCCUGGGCGCGCUGCCAUGUGCGACGCACCUACCGCCGCUGCAGCUACCUCAUCUGCCAAGGGUGGUAUGCCAACGAGCGUUGCAUCCCAACCGUUAGCAAGCGGGCAGAUCGCCAGCCCGCAAGCUGACGAGGUCGCAGCCCCAUCGUCACGGGCGGCUGUUCAGGCCGAAGGCCAACAUCGAGCUAUCCACGUAGCAGCUACUGAGCAAAUACGGACGAUAGGGGGUUCCACGCCUAGCGGGCCCAGCACAGGGCAGGCUACAAGCAAUGACAGCAGCAGGACUUGCGAGGCUCUGGUACCGGUGGUGCGGGCGCUGUGGCUGCAGGCUGAGGAGCUAGUGGCUCAGCUGCACUACCGGGGUGCAGGGGAUAUCCUACAGCAGGCACUGCUACUGGUUCCGGAGCCCACAUCCCCGGCCCACGUCGCCACACUCGUGCGACUAGCCCGAAUGUGGCUGUCAGCUGGCAACCCCAAAGCGGCCGUGUUGUGGGCGCUGAGGGCAGCGAAGCAAAGCCCUGGAGACCCGGAAGUUUUGGAACUGGCUGGGGAUUGCCUGAGAGAGGGUGGCCGACCGCGCGAGGCGGCGGCGCAAUACCAGUCCGCGCUGGAGGCGCUCCAGGAGGGGAACGGCGAGGAGAACGGGGCAGUAAAAGGCACGACGGAUCAGGUGUCCGCCGCAAGCGGCGCGCUGUUGCGUCUCCGGUUGUCCCUCGCCGCCUGCCUGGCGGCCGUCCCUGGCAGCAGCAUAUCCCCCCCUUACAACAACCAGGACCUGGCGGCUUCGCUGGUCAUGGCAGUUCUGGAGCGCGACCCGGGCCACUGGGAGGCGCUGCGGCUGUACGCGCGGAUCGCUCUGGAUCGGGGUCUGCGGGAGGAUGCGCUCAAGGUGGCGUUGCGGCUGGUGGUGGGGCAACCCAAGCACCGUGGGGCCAAGGCGCUGCUGUCGGAAUGCCUGCCGGACGAGGCGAGCUGCCAGCCGCUCUAUGACGAGCUGGGGAUUGCGUUCCCGGUCCAGACGCCGCCAGAAGCGUCGGAGGCUGCGCCGAACGGCACUCUGAGCAGCAGCACCUGUAGCAGUAGCACUAAUAACAGCAGCAGCACGGCAGCAGCGCUUGCGUUCGUGGCUACGGCCGUGAAGGACUUCGGCAAGGUGGAUACCUGCAUCGCCCUGCUGCAGCGUGCCGUACAACUGGACCCCGCCAACCCCAGCUAUUGUCUUAACCUGGUGCAUGCACUGGAGCUGCGCCAGGAUCUGCAGGCGGCGCUGGACGCGGGCAGGAGCUACUGCCGCCAUUGCGGCUCGCAUCUCGCUGGGCGGCCGCUGCGGGAUGUGGAUGCCUUGUUGCCCAGCCUGCCGGAGCUGCGCAACCCGCUGCAGACGGUUUGGUACAGCUCGCAGCCGUUGUGGGGCUCGGCGGUAUAUGCGCAAGGGCAUGGGCCUGACCCGCCUACGGAGAGAAAGGAAGGGGGUUGCCGGUACUGCAGCCGCCGCCCACUCAGCACCGGCCAAGGCAAGGUAUCGUACAGCUCAGAUCAGUUGGACGAGCUGGCGCUGCUCUUUACACUUGCUAAGGUGCUGUUCGUGGGUGGAGCACUCACUGCGGCGGCCAGGUUGUGCGACCUUGUGGAGCCGAUGCGCAGGGCCUCAGCCGUUGAGCUCCACACCACUCUCAUACGCAACGAAGCAGCUUACUUCGGGUGUGUAAUGCAGCUGCUCAAGGACUACCCGCCGCCGCCCGCGUGGCCAGCGCAGCUACCCCACACCCGCCUACCACCGCAGGCCGCUGCUGACACGUCCGCUGGUGCCGGCGGAGCCUCCGCGAGCGGUAGCAGCCCCUCGCCGUUGUACUUGUGUGGAGACUCCCAUUGCCUAUCUGCCGCAUGGCGGCUGGUAAAUUUGCGCGGACAGCAACGGCUACUACGGCCGCUGCUUGUCACGGGCUGCAAGGUAUGGCACCUGCGGCCCUCCAGCGAGUUCUAUCCCAAAAAGCAAUUCGAGGUCACCUUGCAACUUCUGCCGGAUGGCGCACAGGUGGUGUUGGUGCUGGGGGAGAUCGACUGCCGGGAGGGGCUGCUGCUGGCGGUGCAGAAGGGCAAGUAUGGCAGCAUCGCCGAGGGCAUCGACGCCACCGUGGCCAUCUACAUGGAGGUGCUUGGCCGCAUGGUUUCGGAACGGUCCAUGGAGGUAUUCGUUCACCCUGUACCGCCUGUUCUAAACGAGACGCGUGGCGUCGUGACGCUCUUCACCGCUGCUCUCCGCAACGCGGUGACCGCCGCGCGGAAUGCUAACCCGACGCUGCGGCAGCGGCUGCACUACCUGGACUUCUUCAACCAGCUGCUGGUGCCUCGUCGCAGCGCAGCUGGUGCCUCCGUGUGUGCCACUGGCAGCUCGAGCGAGCCUGGGGCCACUGGUGGCGCUGUGGGCGGUUUGUCUUCUUCAUCCGAUGAGGUGUCGCGCGAAGCGUUCGCAGAUGGCAGACCGCGAGGCGAGGAGAAUUCGGGUGCUGUGGCAGCGCGUGAUGACGCUGACGGCAGUGGGACAGCGCACACGGGAGUUGUUGGGGGCGCUGCGGUAGAGGGGUCGGCAGCGGCGCCGGCGGCAGCAGCUGCCGCAGGGAUGGGUCUGCGGCCGGACCUGGCAUUUGACGGGACGCACUUGGCGCCCACAUACGUAACAGAGCUGGAUGCUGCGCUUUCGGGGGUGCCAUGA